CACAAUGCAAACGUCAUUCCACUACUGCUAUAAGUCUGUGCGAAUAGUUGAGCUCGCUAGAAUCUCGACUAUCAACAAUGUAUAAGUCUGUCUUCAACGGUGUGAUUGCAAUCGUGUUCAUUUGGAGCAAUGUUGCAAUUCUGUGCGUACUGUGUCCAAGCCCUUCUGGAAUUCAUGAUGAAUCGAAGUUAGCUGGGCAGAUGAAACUCUGCCGGAGGAGAUGUGGCCUAAGGUUUCAAGCAGAUGACGCGGAAUCAACAUCAAAUGAAGGGUUACGUGAACGUCGUCAGUCUUCUUAUGAAGAGUGCCUAAGUUUUGUAAGGAAACGUUGCCUUCGUUCACGUUUGAAUAAGCAGAAACAAUCCCUUGAUCAGCGAACGAAGAGAUUCUUCAAGAGAGAAACACGAGGUAUUGAUGCAAAAUGGCCUGAUAGUACGGGAGGCCAGUUUCGCAAAAAUGUUUGA